AUGAGUGGCACCAAGGACGAGGGAGUUACAACCAUUAUGUAUGAUCCGGGCAUUCGGCAAGAACAAAACCCAGUUACGGGUCAGCUAUAUGCCACUAUUGUCAAAAAAGAUGAUAAAGCAUCUUCUGUUGACUUUCCAUUUUACAACGUAAACAUGGUACAAAAAGUUCCCGUGUCUGGUAAUAUUGCUGUUCUUGCUGCAGCUUCAGCAAAUGGAGUAACUCAAACUGAUAAGACUUCUUACCGUUUUGAUGUAACAGCGCCUUUCAAUUAUAACUAUGCAUUAGUAAAUCAAAUGUCUCUCACAACAGCUGGUGCAGCUUUUAAAUGUGAUGUUUGUGGUGCUGGAUUUACACACGCAUCAAUGCUAGACCAUCAUAAAAAAUCUGCUCAUCCACAAGAACCACCAUCAUUUACUUGUUCGACAUGUGGUUCUUGUUUUCCUCAAGUAAGAGAUAUGAAAGUCCAUCGAUCUACUGUGCACAAACAGUGUUUUUCAUGUGGUGCGGAUGUUGCUCCACAAACAGUUAAGGGUAAAAAGUCUAGAUUUAUAAAAUGUGUGAGUUGUAGUGGUGGGAAUUGUUCUAACUACACACCUCAAGAAAAUGAAAUAGAAUCUAGUGACAAUUUAUCACCCGAGCAGACUGCAAUAAUGAAAGGUUAUUAUCCAGUGAAAAAAAGAGGUAUGGCUACUGUCACCAAAUGUUAUAAAUGUAAUGGUUCUGGUAUAAUUUUUUUAGUUAAUGGUAACCAUACUAAUGUUAAUAUGAAGAAUGAUUCAAUUAACAAUUCAAAUACUCCCAACAAACCUUUUCAUUGUAACAUAUGUGGGGGAAGUUUUUCACGUUACUCAUCAUUAUGGAGUCAUAAACGUCUGCAUACUGGGGAUAAACCUUAUAAGUGUGAAAUAUGUGGUUUAUCAUUCGCAAAAGCAGCUUAUUUAAAAAAUCACGGUCGAGUGCAUACAGGUGAAAAACCAUUUAAAUGUGGUGUUUGUGGAAUGCAAUUUUCUCAAUCCCCUCAUCUUAAAAACCAUGAAAGAAUACACAGUGGUGAACGACCUUAUCAAUGUGAAGUAUGUGAUAAAACAUUUGCUCGUCAUUCUACAUUAUGGAAUCAUCGCCGUAUUCAUACAGGAGAAAAGCCUUAUCGUUGUGAUAUAUGUGGAUCAGCAUUUAAUCAAGCCACACAUUUAAAAAAUCAUGCUAAAGUACAUACAGGAGAAAAACCGCAUCGUUGUGAUAUUUGUGGAGUUGGUUUUAGUGAUCGAUUUGCAUUAAAACGACACAGAAAUAUACACGAGAAGUAUGCUAGGCAACAAAGUGAUGCAGCUGCGGCACAUACUGUAACACCACCAUCACAAGAAUUGGAACCAAUAAGUGGUCAAACCCAAAUUGAAGAAUGUAUAUAUAGUGCUGACUAUACUGUAGAAAAGUAUGACGCAGCAAAUAAUAUUCCUACUGAUAUUGUAGAGGUAAAAGUUGAUCAACAGAAUCAACGUGAACAUGAUACACAGCAGCAACAAAUUGAGGAUUGUAUUUAUAAAUAA